AGUACAGAGCUUCUGGAAACCAACAGCACAGAUACCAUCAUAUCUGUUUGAUCCUGCACAUCAUGGCAACACAAAAGUUUAUCACCUCCAAAAGUGUUCUGAUCUCUUCAGGAUCUCCUGCUGUCUACCAGCUGAAAACUAAUAAACAGGAGUUUGGAACUCUGACCAGAAUGACUGUUGGUGAGAAAAAUCCAACCAAGUCAAAUAAAACCAUCUUACUUGUGGGUGAAACAGGAGCAGGAAAAUCUACUCUGAUCAACGCUCUGAUCAACUACAGCAUGGGAGUGAAGUGGGAGGAUGAAGUCUGGUUUCAGAUCGUAGAGGAGGAGAAGAAAAGUCAGACAUCAGAUGUGAUCGUGUAUGAGAUCUUUGAUUUUGAAGAUCAAACUCUGCCCUACUCUCUGACCAUCAUCGAUACUCCUGGAUAUGGAGACACCAGAGGGGUUGAACAUGACGACAUCAUCAGUCAAAGAUUAAUGAAGUUGUUUCAGUCAGAGAAUGGCGUUUAUGAACUUCAUGCAGUGGGUCUAGUGAUGAAGGCAUAUGAUAAUUGCCUGAGCAAACAAAUGAAGUCCAUCGUUGAUUCACUGAUGACUCAGUUUGGAGAAGACCUGAAGAAAAAUAUUAUAGCUCUGAUCACACACUCAGAUGGAAUAACACCUGAAAAUCUCCUUGAGGCUUUAGAAGCUAGUGAUAUUCAAUGUGCCAAAAAUAACAAUCAGCCUGUUCACUUUAUGUUCAAUAACCAAAAGAACACAGAAAGAACAAAGAAAAAAUCAUUGUGCUUGAAAAUGGCAUGGACAGUGACUGAGAAAGGAAUGGAAGAAUUCUCAGAGUUUCUGGAAGAAAUUAAACCUCAAAAGCUGAAGGCAGUAUCUCAAGUAUUAAAGGAAUGUAACAGACGGACAGCCUGCUUUCAAAAUCUACAAGAGAGAAUAAAGUUCACUGAAUUAAAACAGAGAGAGCUCAAACUGGUUAAAGAGGCCCUGAAGAAAAAUGAAGAUUUUACUGCAGCUGAGGUGUAUAAACAAAAGGUAUCCAUCAGAAAAGGGAUGUUUGAGCUUGGUUUUAAAGCAGCUGUGACCUGCACUGUGUGUGAGGAGAACUGUCAUUAUCCUGGGUGCACAAUGGCUCUGGGUCACUGUGCGGUCAUUGUUGAAGGUCAUUGCACUUCAUGCACUGGGAAGUGUCCUGUAUCCAGUCACGUUAAGGAAAAGUGGAGAUAUGUGACCAGCUUACGAAAAGUUGAGAAGAACAAAACAGAAAUGAAACAGCAGGAUGAAAAGAAUCAAUUAGAAAGUGAGAACAAGUUGAGACUUUUGGAAGAUCUUGAAAAAGAAUUGAAACAGCUGACCGAAGAGAAGUCAAACUUGAUGAAUGAGGCCUACAAACAGGUUCUCAGUCUGGAUCACAUCACCGUGAAAGAUGAUUCACCAUGCUCCUAUGUCCUGUUGGACUUUCUAAUUGAGAAGAUGAAGGAGAAAGGAGAUACAGAGAAGACACAGGAACUGAUGGAGAUAGAAAGCCGUAUGAAUGAAGGAACCAGAGAAGGACUGCAAAGCAAGUUAAGACUCAGCCUGUCACGAUAUGAUGACGUCAUCUCUGACAGUUUUGAGAUUGCUUCAGGACCUCCUGCUGUCUACCAGCUGAGACCAAAGAAAGAGAAUAUUGGAACGCUGACCAGAAUGACUGUUGGUGAAAAAAAUCCAAACAAGCCAAAUAAAAUAAUCUUAUUUGUUGGUGAAACAGGAGCAGGAAAAUCUGCUCUGAUCGACACUCUGCUCAACUACACCAUGGGAGUGAAGUUUGAGGAUGAAGUCUGGUUUCAGAUCCUGGAGGAGGAGGAGAAGAGAAGGCAGACAGAAAGUCAGACACCAGAUGUGAUCGUGUACGAGAUCUUUGAUUUUGAAAAUAAAACUCUGCCCUACUCUCUGACCAUCAUUGAUACUCCUGGAUAUGGAGACACCAGAGGGAUUGAACACGAUAAGUUCAUCAAUCAAAGAUUAUUGGACUUGUUUCGAUCAGAGGAUGGAGUUCAUGAACUUCAUGCAGUGGGUCUGGUGAUGAAGGCAAGUGAUAAUCGACUGAGUGAUCGACUGAUGUAUGUCUAUGAUUCAGUGGUCUCUCUGUUUGGAGAAAACAUGGAGAAAAACAUUGUAGCUCUCAUCACACACUCAACUGGAGGACCACCUGAAAAUGUUCUUCAUGCUCUUGAAGCUGCAAAAGUUAAAUGUGCCAAAAAUGAGAAGCAGCAGCCUGUUCACUUCCUAUUUGAUAACUGCCAACACAAACCUCGAAAUGAAGAAACUAAGGAUAAUUUAAGGUGUUCAUGGGAUUUGACAGAGAAAGGAAUUGGUCAAUUCAUCAGAUUUCUGGAAAGGUCUCGCCAUCAGAGAUUGAUGAAAACACUUAAAGUGCUGAAGAAUCGAAUCAGACUGACAGCCUGCAUCCAAAACCUGCAAGAGAGAAUCAAACUGACUGAACUGAAACAGAGAGAAAUCAGACAGAUUCAAGACGCUCUGAAGAAACAUGAUGAUGAAAUGAAGAGGAAUGAGAAGUUCACUGUAGAAAUUGAUGAAGUGUCCAAACAUAAAGAAGCUAUUGAUGGUGGGAUGUGGGGGGUGGUAUUUUUUGAAGGAGCUGUCUGCUGUACAGUCUGUAAGGAGAACUGUCACUAUCCUGGAUGCACACUGGCCUGGAAACCUGAACACUGUGAGGUCAUAAAAAAAGGCCGAUGCACUUCAUGUACCAAGAAGUGUCCUGCAUCUGAUCAUGUGAAAGAAAACUGGAGAUAUGUGACCAAGACAAUAAAAGUUCAGAUAACCAAAGAAGAAAUGAAAGACAAGUAUGACAGAAAUAAAUCAGAAAGUGAGAACAAGUCCAGCCUUUUGGAAAAUCUUGAAAAUGAAAUGGAAAACCUAACAGCAGAGAAGAAACGAUUACUGGAUGAGGCCUAUGAAAAUGUUGUCAAACUGGAGCUGGUCGCCCUCAAAGUUGAUUCUUUGUCCACCAUUGUACACCUGGACUUCCUGAUUGAGAAGGUGAAGGAGGAAAGAGACAUAGAGAAGGUCCAGAAACUGGAGGAGAUGAGAAGCAGAGUGGAUGAAGGAACCAGAGCAAAGAUGAUGCAUUUGUAUCAAAUAGUAACAAGUGAGGAAGGGAAGGAAGGUAAAGAAGCUGUGAAUUAAUAAUACUGGCCAUCAUUUACUAGCAGUGUACGCACAAAUAUGUGUGUAAAUCAUGUGUAUGACUGUUUCACAGAGAAAUCUGUGAUUUAUUUACUUAGACCAUGAUGCCUUGACAAACAAAUGAAGAAGGAAAUUGAAACACAAGUCUUAAAAAUUAAUACUACCUGAAUUCUACCAGAUGUCUCAACCUACAGGUUGAGUUCUGAGUUUGUUUUUGGUUUUGAUCCUUAGUUUGUUAUAGUUAUAUUUAUCUGUAUUGAGUUCCUGUUUUCCUUUGUCCUUAUGGUCAUCCCUGCAUCGCUGUGUUCCCGUUUGUGUCUGUUUAUUGCUUAGUCCCUGCCCUGGUGUCAAGUUCAUGUGUCUUAGUCCUGAUGUUUGUGUUUCAUUAGUUUUUCCUGUUUUAUCUUGGUAUGUCUUGGUCCGUGUGCUUUGGUUUUAGUUUUGUUUCCUGUGUUUUCCUUCAAGUUGUUUCCCAUUUGCCUUUUAACUACUGUGUAUGUAUUGUCUCAGGUUUCCCUUAUCCUUUGUUGCGAUGUCAUCAUUGAUUUUUUUUUCCUCCCAUUGUGUGCUUGUUUGUCUGUCCGUUAGUGAGUUUUCUAGUUUAUCCUGCUGGCCCCAUCCAGUUCUGUUCUCCCUGUGUUUUCUGGCAAUAAAGCUGAGUUUUGUGAGUUUAAA